UUUUAGUCAAUGAUCUUAAAAUCUUAAAGGAUGAAAUUUGCUCUAUCCGAUACCACUUUGCAGAUGUCUAACUUAGUUGAGGACACUUUCAUAGGACAGCUGCCAAUAGGAGAGUCAACGAAGAUGAUAGACUCUGUUAAUAACAUCAGUAUGUUCAACCCAGUAUUCGAGUCAAGCAGACUCCCCGACCAAUUCCAGCAAGUGAACGAGACAAUGUACUACGAUGCUCUUAGUCAACCGUUAUACGAUUACAAGCAACCUACUGCUUACAAUAACUUCGAAUACAGUUCUAUUAACACUGGAUUUCCAACUUUCAACCAAAAUCAAGGAAUGGAGGAGAGGUAUUCAAAUCAGAUGCCGAUACCUCACCCUUAUCUCUCUGACAUGGGACAGUCUCAAUAUCCUCUACCACAGGAAGCACAGUGGCAAGCAGCGGGUCACGGUGAGAUGUUCUGUCAAACUCCGGUUACAGAAACAAGGUACAACCCCCCACAAGACUCAGGGUACAAUCCUAGUUGCCAGAUAUCUGGUGGGGGUUUCCCUUGCAGUGGUGGUGGUGGUGUCUACUAUAACGAGUCUAUCAACUCAUCAGGAUACAGUUCAGAGUGCAAUUCCACCCCGGAGUACCAAAUACCGCACUCCAUGGUAACACCUCUCCAUGGUAACAGCAUGGACAGCUGUUACGAUGACAAUAUCGCCUGCAGAUUAGACUGGAGUGAUAUGCUAGAAGACACAACCCAGUCCAUACAGGAGUCUUCCAAAGAGCUAGAUGAGAUAAUGAGUUUGCUGAAGGAGCACUUAACAGAGCCCACUCCAGAGCCCACCCCUCUCUCCCAACCCAGCACAACGGUAACACUCAACAGGAGGAGAAACAAACGGCCGUGUCCUUCUCCCGAGACUGGAAAACAUGCCAAAAAAAGCAGGAGAGUGUGCCCUGAACCGAGACGGUAUAACACACCCACAGUAACUGUUCUGUCAACAUGGCUGAGGAAUAACUUGAAGAAUCCUUAUCCUACUAUCAGUGAGAAGAAGGAGCUCAUGAAGAAAACUGGGCUCGACCGGGGACAGAUUAGACAGUGGUUCGUGAACGCUCGUAGAAGAUAUGCUAGAGAGGGGAGGAGACCAAUCAAAACUACCCGAUAAGAAAUCUGAAUUAUGUUCAACCAAAAUUGUGAUUAUUCAACCAGUGUAAAUGCUAUGCAUCAAUUGUAAAUAUAAAAUAGGUGUAAACUUAAUAACCUUAUUUGAAAAAUAUUUAACAUUUGAAUAAAUGAAACUUAUAUUUGAAUCGAGGAUUCGCAUCUUCGAGUUCAUCAAUAAAAAGAGUUCGCUUAUUUUUCGUAUAAUUUAUUCAUGACUGUACAAUCAAGGAAUUAUUUACCAAACUGAUGUAACUUAUUUAUGUUAAUAUAUUCAAUUUCUAAUCACUGCUUGACAGUGGUUAGGUUUUACAAUGAUGAUUGAUUAGUUUUACGAACAGUAUUUGUUUAUAACUAUUGCUUGUUUAACAACUUUUUAACAAUUUGAAUACGUUUUAAACUAUACAUUUCACCCGAUUAUAAAAUAUUAUUAAAGCUUCAUUGCAAUCAGAAACUUAAUAGCAGUGUUUGAUUUUUAAAACUUACAAGAGAAACCAGCAUAAGAGACGAUAGGGCAGCCACUUUAGCCAAACGUAUCCUGAAAUGUGAUGAACAAUGAACAUGAGAUAGAAGAAUAAAGGAUUUUGUAAACGUUUAAAAAAAACUAAAAACUGAAUUGAAAAUCUCGAGACGCUUGUUUGAGAAAUAAAAUACAUGUAAGAUCGGGU